AUGUCGAAUGAGCCGUUUUACCUACGAUACUACUCAGGUCACUCUGGGCGGUUCGGGCACGAGUUCCUAGAAUUUGACCUCCGCACCAUUGCAGAGGGAAGCAGCGCCGCCGUACGAUAUGCGAACAACUCGAACUACCGCAAUGACUCCCUGAUCCGUAAAGAAAUGUGUGUGAGCGCUGCCACAAUUGCUGAAGUGAAGCGCAUCAUUAAGGAGAGUGAAGUCCUGAAGGAGGACGACUCCAAGUGGCCCACCAAGAACAAGGAUGGACGCCAGGAGCUUGAAAUUCGAAUUGGCAAUGAGCACAUUUCCUUCGAGACAGCAAAGAUUGGCUCGCUGGCUGAUGUGACUGAUUCGGAUGACCCCGAUGGUCUGCGAGUGUUCUAUUAUCUUGUGCAGGACCUGAAGGCUCUGAUUUUCUCGCUGAUCUCUCUCCACUUCAAGAUCAAGCCCAUCUAA